AUGAUAGGCGCCAACACCAACGCCGCCGUCUGCCCGUGCCCGGAGUACGCGGAGGUCAACCCCACCGGCCGGUACGGACGGUUCAGCGACGUUCUUGGCAAGGGCGCGUCCAAGAUUGUGUACCGGGCGUUCGAUGAGUACCAGGGGAUGGAGGUGGCGUGGAACCAGGUGAAGCUGCACGACUUCCUGCAGAGCCCCGAGGACCUGGAGCGGCUCUACUGCGAGAUCCACCUCCUCAAGACGCUCAAGCACCGCAACAUCAUGAAGUUCUACACCUCCUGGGUCGACGUCUCCCGCCGCAACAUCAACUUCAUCACCGAGAUGUUCACCUCCGGCACCCUCCGCCAGUACAGGCAGAGGCACCGGAGGGUGAACAUAUGGGCGGUGAAGCACUGGUGCCGGCAAAUCCUCAGCGGCCUGCUGUAUCUGCACAGCCACAAUCCGCCCAUCAUCCACCGGGACCUCAAGUGUGACAACAUCUUCGUGAACGGCAACCAGGGCGAGGUCAAGAUUGGCGACCUCGGCCUCGCGGCCAUCCUCCGUAAGUCCCACGCCGUCCAUUGCGUGGGUACACCGGAGUUCAUGGCACCGGAGGUGUAUGAGGAGGAGUACAACGAGCUGGUGGACAUCUACUCGUUUGGGAUGUGCGUGCUCGAGAUGGUCACGUUUGAGUACCCCUACAGCGAGUGUACACACCCGGUGCAGAUAUACAAGAAAGUGAUCUCUGGUACUAAGCCAGAAGCUCUGUACAAGGUGAAAGAUCCAAUGGUGAGGCGCUUCGUUGAGAAGUGCCUGGCAACGGCCUCUCAGAGACUGUCAGCGAGAGAACUGCUUGAGGAUCCCUUCCUACAGGGUGAUGACGUGGCUGUUUCUUUGGAUGGUGGAGAUUAUCAUGUACCGUCUAAUUAUAUACGGCAGCCUUCAUAUUUAGGGCAUACCUAUAGCAAUGGCUCCAUGAUGAGUAAUGAAUUCUCAGAAAGCAUUGAUGAAGAUGCUCUGAGUGAAGACUGCGAGGAUGAUGACAUGAAAGGCCAAGAUGGCAUUGACUUGUUCAAAGAGAAUGAAGAUGAGCCUCUUGGCAAUGUGGAUAUAACAAUCGAAGGGAGAAAGAGUGAGGAUGGAGGCAUAUUCCUCAGAUUGCGGAUUUCUGAUAAUGAUGGACGGGUACGCAACAUCUAUUUUCCUUUCGACGUUGAGGCUGAUACCGCACUAAGUGUUGCAACUGAAAUGGUAGCCGAGCUGGAUAUAACUGACCAUGAAGUUACUCGAAUUGCUGACAUGAUUGAUGGUGAGGUCAGUGCAUUGGUACCAGGUUGGAGGCCUGGUCCGGGCAUAGAGGAAGCUCCUGACACUUCAUACUGCCAUAACUGUGGAUCCAACGUGUCAUCGUGUGGUUCACUUUACGCCUACAUGUCAUCAGGCCGUCAAGGUUGCCAAUGUGCAGAGCUACAUGGGCGGUUUGAGGAGAUCACAUUCCAGGCCGAUGGUGAGCAGUGUGAUUUGCAGGAAUCUGCUGGCAGCUCUGAUGAUGGAGGUGGCCAAACAGAGCAUCAUGUCAAAAGCAAGGAGUCCACUCAUGUGAAUGGCCUUGUACAGAUGGGUAGAAGAGAUCUUUCUAGUCAGCUUUGCUUCAGUUCAUUUCAAGAGCAAUCAUGUUCAUCUAACCAUUACGAGAAUGACACUAACCAUCACACAAAUGGGUUCGACAUGAAGCAUGAGGUAAAGAUUGCCAAGUACAAAGCACGGAAAAUGGCACAGUUAAAGAAGGCUAUCCAUCCAUCUCUUGACUUUGACAAUGCAUAUGGAGUAAAUAGGAUGAAGCCUUCACUGAACAAACUGCAAUCUUUCCAUAUUGGAAAGAACCACAGUUUCCGCGUACCAACAACAAGCCCAGGUAAAGCAAGUAUGGAUUAUCAUUCUGACUUGAACAGCCAAGUAUGGCAUAGCAGGCACCCCGAUCCAGGAGCCCAAAGGGCCCGGCAUUGUGAGGUCAAUGCAUCUGGGAGCAGCCCGGAUUAUAUGUUUACAGCGAGGCGCUACUAUACUGGAGCUCAGUUGCCGCCAAAUCUCCCGAGAACAAAAUCUGUACCCCCCCUAAGUGCUGUCGACGCCUGA